AAGAAACCAAUAAUUCGGAAAAGCUUAGUACUUCUAUUUAUUAUUAUGAUGAUAGUGAUUAUAAACGGGAUAGGCGUAAGCUCAAGUUGCAUUGGUUCGAAGAAGAAGGUGUUUGGAAAAUUACAAAGUGUGCAAGAGGACAACUCCGUAAAGCAAUACUUGACGUGGUCUCUGGAUCAGACGCGCCCGACUUUCGCUUCUUGCUAAAGACUAGUCAUGAACAUCCUAUCGACAUGAAACAUAUCAAAGUAAUUGCUGAUAUCCAGCGCCAAGGCUUACAAUUACGUGAUGGGAGGUGGUUUAGGGAAAGUGAUUUCAAAGAGAUAAUCAAAGUUGAAUCUAUUGUACAGGGAGUCACGAAAAAGCGUUAUGUAAAUGAUAAAUUCCAAAUAUCCUUCAUUUCCGUGCUCAAAGAAACAAAACAAGAAACCUUCAAAGAGGAUACUAUCAAACUUAAACAUCUCUCUUGGAAAACUUUUGAGGGAUCUGAUAUUUUGAACGAUAAGGUUAAGAUCGGCGCGAGUAUUCAAGAGACUAUUGCAUUUGCUCGGGAAAUU